AAAACAAACUGGCGAGGGGGUUCAAAGUGGGUAAUUGGUUGGAACUGUUGAUCCAUCUGCGGCAGAAGAGAGAAUGAACAAAGGAGGGUUGGGGAGUGGUGGCGCUGCCGGAAGCGGCCCCACAGCGGCGGCAGCGGCGGCGGCGACUCAGAAGCAGAAGGCGCUGUUGCAGAGAGUGGAAGGUGACAUCGCCAAUAUUGUGGACAAUUUCAGCCACCUUGUCAAUGUUGCCAGUGUAAAUGAUACACCAGUCAGAAAUUCACAGGAAGCUUUUAUGAUGGAGACACGUGCUGCUAGGAUGGUCCAGGCAGCUGAUUCUCUACUUAAGUUGGUAUCGGAGCUGAAGCAGACUGCCAUAUUUUCAGGAUUUGCUUCUCUUAACGAUCAUGUAGAACAAAGAAGGGUUGAAUUUAACCAGCUGGCUGAGAAAACAGACCGCAAUUUAUCUAGAAUUGGAGAGGAAGCUGCUGCUAUUCUGAAAGAACUUGAAUCUCAUUAUUCUUCUUCUGCACAGAAGACUACGCAAAACCAGCAAACAUAGUUGAGAAUCUAUCAAUGUAGUUGCACCUAUCAGUUGAUGGAAGAUACUUUUCUAGUAUAAACGUAGGUUUUUUUUUUUUCCUUGUUAAUUUCUUCGUUUGGAUGACUGUAAUACAGGACUGGAUAGUAGAAACUGUUAUUCCAUUACUGAGAAAAUGGUAAGGAAAUAGCCUUAUGUUGAAUACAAGGAAUGUAUGUAUGGAUGUAUUUGGCAUUGUUGGAUGAGUAAUUAACUGGAAGGGAAAAAAAUCACUGUGCCCUGUUUGAAAUGAUUACUAAUUACUGAGAU